AUGCUGGAACCCACGAGCAAGGGAGAAUCGAGAACCAUCAUGAGAACCCGAAACAACCAAAAGAGAAACCGGAAACCACAUUGGAAAACCGGAAACCGUCGAGAAAGACCGCUCGCGGGAGCUGGGGAGCCGAGCCGAACUCAAACCCCACGCGACGGGGGACCUGCAACAUGCGGAGGAAGGGGAUCCCAAUGGGUAUCCCGAAGAGGUGGCGGCAUCAACAACCCGCAGGAGGCGGCGGCAACAACCCGGAGGAAGAAGCGGCGGCAAUCCGCAGGAGGCGGCGGCAACACACAAGGGCCGAAGCCCGUCCGCAGGCAGCGCCACGCGAAGGAAGGAGAAGGGGUCAGCGGGUCUUCGGGGGCACAAGGUGCCAAGGCUGGCAAAGCCAGCGAGCAGCGCACAAGGGAGCCCGAAAGGGCCGGCAAUGUAGCGCCACGGGGCGAGGACCAAAACAAAGCCCAAAGGGCAAGGAGAGGACGCAGCGCCCGGGCCUCCAUCAACGCUAAAAAACAGCGGAUGGAGGAGGAGAAGACCAAGGGCUCGCCAAGAGGGACGAGCAGAAGCCACGGCAGUGGCAUCACGCCACAACAGCAGCGAAAAAACCCUAGCAUCAGCAAUGGAAGAUAG